UAGAAGUCAUUUUACGUACUUUAGGGUUUUGGACAAAAUAAAGCUCAGCUGCGUCCCGCUAGAGCAGGUGUGCGAACUCUCUUGACCGGAGAGAAACCCUAGAGAGAGAGAGAGUCCUCUGUGAUCUGCAAUAAUGGGUAUUUCUCGGGAUUCGAUGCACAAGAGGCGUGCCACCGGAGGCAAGAAGAAAGCUUGGAGGAAGAAGAGAAAGUAUGAGCUUGGGAGGCAGCCUGCUAACACCAAGCUGUCAAGCAACAAGACAGUUCGAAGAGUAAGAGUUCGUGGUGGGAAUGUGAAGUGGCGUGCAUUGAGGUUGGAUACUGGAAACUACUCUUGGGGGAGUGAGGCUGUGACACGCAAGACUCGUAUUCUGGAUGUGGUCUACAAUGCGUCAAACAAUGAGUUGGUUCGUACUCAGACAUUGGUGAAGGGUGCAAUUGUUCAGGUUGAUGCAGCUCCAUUUAAGCAAUGGUACCUUCAACAUUAUGGAGUUGACAUUGGCCGUAAGAAGAAAGCGUCUGGCAAAAAAGAAGGGGAGGAAGCUGAUGGGGCUACUGAGGAGGCAAAGAAGAGCAACCAUGUCAUGAGAAAACUGCAGAAGCGUCAACAGGAUCGCAAGCUUGAUCCACAUGUUGAAGAACAAUUUAGCAGUGGCCGUUUGUUAGCUGCAAUUGCAUCCCGACCUGGGCAGUGUGGUCGGGCUGAUGGGUACAUAUUAGAAGGCAAAGAGCUGGAGUUCUACAUGAAGAAGAUCCAGAGAAAGAAAGGAAAGAGUGCUGGUUCCUCUUGAAGUUAUUUUUUGUUACCCAAAGCUCGUGUUACAAUUAAGAAUCUCAAUUCACACCAUUUUUCUGUUAUUUUUGAGGCGUGGAACCAGAUUUGUUGGGCUGAUGUUUAGCUUGGACUUCAUUAUAUUUAGUUUUUUUUUGGGGGGGGUCUUUAAGUUACUAUAAAUUUUGGUGGAUAGAACCUCGAAUUUCAGUAGUAAUUUAGAUGUUAAAAUGGUUGCCCGUGCCUCCUAUUUGUGUUGUUCGGGCAGA